AUGUGUUGUCAUUUAUACAAAGUUACCGAUUUGCACCUAUCUCUUUGGGAUGAAGGUCUUUCAUCACUUUCUCCAAGAGUUAUUACGAAUCCCAUCACCGCUUUUGAAACCUUGAACCAUUCAAAAACCACCUCUACCACUUCUGUAGUUAAAGUGCCAGCAAAUAUGGCUGCUGCUGCCGCUAAUAUUCCGGAUUUUGUGAAAAAAUUAUACAGAAUGCUCGAAGACAAAUCUUACGCAAAUAUCGUCUCUUGGGGAAUAUCCGGGGACACAUUUGUGGUUCAUGAUCCGACAGAAUUUGCAAAAUUAAUUCUUCCGAGGCAUUUUAAACACAAUAAUUUCGCAAGCUUUGUAAGACAACUCAACAAAUAUGAUUUUCAUAAAAUAAAAACAAAUGAUGACGGCUCAAGACCUUAUGGUGAACAGGCGUGGGAAUUUCAGCAUCCAAAAUUUCAGUGUAAUCGACGUGAUCUGCUUGAAGAAAUCAAGCGAAAAACGCCAAUUAUUCGCCAAAAGCCUUCUACAGCGGUCUCUGGUGCUAGCAGUUCAACCGCCCAAGUACGUGGUGGAAAGCGACAAGGUUUACAUUCAAAAGUCGACUCACUCGUAGAGCUUCAGAGCGAGAUGUCAAGUUACUUGGAGACUUUAAACAAGAACUAUCAUACAGUCAUGGACGAAAUUCGCAAUUUUCGAAGCAAUCUUGCUGCGCAAGAUGAUUUAAUGCAGAACUUAGUUCAUUUUUUAGCACAGCACACAAAUACUAAUAAUAAUUCACAAGAUAAUUUUUCAGUACCUUUCACCUUAUCAGAAAACCCUGAAAAUUUUUCACGUGCCACACCAUUUUAUCCAUCAAGACACACCCAUACAUCUUCAAAUAUACCUGCUGCAUCUGCUCCUGAAACUGUAUCUACAAUAACAGCCACCACAUCCACAACCAUGUUACCCUCUUCAAAUUCCACACUAGGUCCUUCUAACCUAAUCACUUCCUCCUCAUCCUCCCAAUCGUUAAAUCUCAGAGACAAUAACUUCAAUAAUCCUUCUUCCGUGAAUGAUACAGAUAACAACCUAACAUUAUUCACUAUAAAUCAACUUUCCUUAUCCCCGUCCACUCCAGCUCGCCAAUUCUCUUCCGCUACAUCUACUCAUCAACAUCAUCCUUCAAAUUCGAUUAUAACAGCUACCUCUGAAAAUACAACCUCCACAUCUAUUCCAUAUGGAAGAACUAUCACAAUAACGUCAUCAUCUUCUCAACUACAAUCUGAAGACAACAAUACUAACAAUAAUCAAAUUUAUAUGAAUCAAGGAUUGUCAUCAUCCUCGGUAAACUUUGAUCGAAAUCAUUCUUGGCCGACACCACCGAAACUUUUGGUGGUCGAAGACGAAAAUACAAAUAGAGAUUUUAUGACGAAUUUAUUACAUCUCAUUGGAUGUCACUAUGACAUUGUUAUAGAUGGGGUUACGGCUAUAAACAAAAUAAAUGAAACAAAAUACGAUCUAAUUUUUAUGGAUUUAAUGAUGCCGAAUUUAGACGUAUUGAAUGUAUUACAGCAAAUUCGAAGUAUCGAUAAUAAAACACCUAUUGUAAGCAUGACUGAAAAUCCACCCGAGAACGAUUUUUUAGUAACCGAACAAUAUGGAAUAAAUGAUAUCCUCGGAAAACCUUAUUCCAGAGAAGGGAUAUAUGCUAUUCUAGAUAAAUAUUGUGGUCAUCUGAAAGGAUCUCCUCUUGAAGGGGAUCAAAAUAUGAAUAGUCACAUUGAUGAUUAG